UGCGGGGGAGGGCAUGGAUAGUGGAAAAGGGGCGAGCAUGAGUCAGUGGCAGAGUGUGUGAAAGCUGUGGGAGCAGAAGAAGCUUUAACAACAUGACAAGUAGAUGUAAGUCAAGUUGCCAUGUUAUGAGGAGGACUAAGGAGGACUGAGAGUAGGAUGACGGUAGAAGACAGAGGUGACGGGUGAAGUACAUUCUAAUGUACCACCUUCUAGAGAGCUAUGCUAUGUGCUUGUGGGAGGGCUACUACUAAUCAAACGUAGUGAUCUAAUAAUGUGUGGUUAAUUCACAGUUUGCCUCAAUUUAGCACGGAGUUGAUCGGCGUCUAAAGUAAGUGAGAAUUAAAAAGGAAAAUGUAGUAUCCAUUGCCAUGGAGGGAGACUUAUUUUUGGAUGCUGUUAUUUUUGCCAAACAAAAACAGUCUUAGGGAAUAGCCUUGCUGUAGAACAGGUAUGGAAACUACAUCCACGUUUAGUUGAUAGGUGAUGAGCUAUGUAAAAAAAUACAUCUUCUGCAAAAAGAAUAGGCUAUCUGAUUGUGCACACCUGAUGUUUUUGAAGGUAUCGAGUUGAUUCCAGGGACUUCAUGGUCUUGCAUAGCCCUCUUGACUUCCAUAACCCACCCCAAAAACACACACACAGUAACACACGGACACACAAACACUCACACACACACACACACACACACAGGUUGAUGGAGUUUAUGGAUGUGUACCUGGGGAAUGCUAUCUCUCUUUAUCCUAGAAGUGGUCCCUUGGACUGAAAGUUAAAAUAGACAUACAGUAUGUACAGAAUUAGACUUAGGGGAGGGUUACCAUGCAUGCAAGUGUCAGUGGCAUCGUGUUUUCAGGUACAGCCAUCUGAUUGAGUAGUGUGUUACAUUGUUAAACCUAGUUGUCUAAUUAGUCCGACAGUCCACGAAGCCUAUUUGUUGUGUGUGUUCAUGUGCUAGAGAUUGAAUGUAGCCAUAGGCUACCAUUCCUACAGUAUUUGCCAUGAGCGACAAAUUAUUAAUACCAUUCUGUUUCACUAACAAUUCCCUAGAUAGUUCGAAUCCUGGUUCAAAGUUGGGCAAAUAUCUCCUAUUACUCAUGUUACUUACCAGUACAUUUGUAGCGCAUAUACGAGUGUCACAGGUGUGACGAAUACCCCAAGCAUAGCGCUUCGUCACUGCAUAACAAUUAGAUGGCUGAGUGUUCGCCGUGCAACUGAUGGAAUUUUACUGAAAACAGAUAUCGCGUUUGAACUUGGAAUUAAUGAUUGUAAACUGAAACAUUUAGGAUUUAAACCAUUGAGUUGUGGGCUACAGCAAAAUACCUAAACAUAUCUAGAAGUUUAGGGCAUAGCCUAGGCUACUUGAAGACGUGGAUUCACUUCUGAUUUUUCUAGGCAUUUGAAAACGAAGCAAAUAACAGUAUAUUGCAAAUGUAAGUAUAUGAGUCUGGCUCUGUUUCGUCCUCAACGCUAGUUUUAUUUUUAGCAGCAACAAGUUCUCAAAGAACAUAAUCUCACUAGCGAGAGGGACGAUAAACGAUUGAGAAUUGUUUGUCUUAUCGGAUAUCACCCCACCUCUGAUUGUAAAAAAUCGAAAUGUUAAAAGUUGUGCCGGUUUUGCGUAAUAUUGCCUGAGUGGUAACAAUAGAUUGGCAGCGAAAUAUAUAACCUAGGCUACUUCGUGCAUAUGUCUUAUAUUGUACAACUGUUAGGGGGCUCAAUAUUAUUGUGCAAACAUAGCCUAAUUUAAAGAACUGAGAUUGUAUUCAUUGAGUGGUCAUUUGGGGUCCCUCAUAAACUUGACUGCCUUCGCUUAUUUCAAUCACGUAAGACCUCUAAUUGCGUUGUCCGGGAGAGGGUAUUGCGUAUAUCUGUCUUUCUAUCUAUACAGGCUUUUGUGAAAAUCGCGGCUGGUUGUUGUUUGUCCUGACUGUAGAGCCACCAAGGUGUUACAGAGUUUAAACACGCGGAGAUUGCAAAGGGUUAUUAGAUUGAUAAGUCACCGAAGUGGUGGGCGAUCUACUGAGCACAGCAGAAGUUCUCAUAUGAUGACUUCAAACAAGACACAUUACCUACCAGCAUCUGUUGGAGUGAGUGGAUAUUAAGACACUUCUAUCUCCAGGACAGCGUAGAGGAAAAUGUUCCACCAGGUUAGAAGAGUGAUGACCAUCCUGUUCCUUACUAUGGUUAUUUCGUACUUCAGUUGCAUGAGAGCUGCUCCCAUGAGAGACGCCCCAGGUAUAAGGGGCCACCGAACGGAAGGCUACUUGGGUGCUGCAGUGACUGCCGGCCAGGGCCACGGGACUCCACAGAGCGGGGGUGGGCCGGGCCAGCAUGGGGGACUGCCCUCGCUCACAGACACGUUUGAGCAGGUGAUUGAGGAGCUCUUGGAGGUGGAAGGAGAAGCAUCUCAGCUGGGGCCUGGAGCUGACAAGGGCCAGGGAGGAGGGGGUCCUUCCUCUGUGGUCACCACGGAGACCAAGGAUGUCGACCUGUAUGCAUCGCGGGUGAUGAUCAGCAACCAAGUGCCUUUAGAGCCACCGCUGCUUUUUCUCCUGGAGGAAUACAAAAACUACCUGGACGCCGCUAACAUGUCCAUGAGGGUACGGCGGCAUUCUGACCCGUCGCGGCGUGGCGAGCUGAGUGUGUGUGAUAGUAUUAGCCAGUGGGUGACAGCUGUGGACAAAAAGACAGCAAUAGACAUGUCUGGGCAGACUGUUACCGUCCUGGAAAAGGUCCCUGUCCCCAAUGGCCAACUGAAGCAAUACUUUUAUGAGACCAAAUGUAACCCUAUGGGGUACACAAAGGAGGGCUGCCGUGGAAUAGACAAGAGGCAUUAUAACUCCCAAUGCAGGACAACCCAGUCCUACGUGCGAGCGCUCACCAUGGAUAGCAAAAAGAAGAUUGGCUGGCGGUUUAUAAGGAUAGACACAUCAUGUGUAUGCACAUUGACCAUUAAAAGAGGAAGAUAGUGUAUAUAAUGUAUAGAUUUUAUUGAGAGUUUAAAAAAGAGAGUAAAGAGAAAAUAUCUAUUUGUAUAUAUACAUAACAGGGUAAAUUAUUCCGUCAAAUGAAAAUUUUAUGGACUGCAUGUAAAAAAAGAUGACGUUUAUACAGUAAAAGUGAUACUACAGUCUAUUUAUUGAACAUAUUCAUGACCUUGUAAACAAUUAAAAAAAGAUCUGAUCAGUCAUUUGCGCCCAGUUUAAAUUACUAUAUCACAUUCCUCAAGACAUUGUGGUUUGUUUACGUUGCCAAGAAUGUGAGAAAGAAGGAAAAGAGCAAUGAGGAUGAGGGAGAGGGUGAGGACGAGUUCCAUUAAAAAAAACUUGCAUGCUGCUUCAAUUGUGAAUUGAGAAUUUGUCCACCUAAGAAAAAAGGAUAUGAUACCGACCAAAACAUUCCGUUUACAUACUCAACAGUAAAAGGGUUUUCCUCCUCAGUACUUUAUCUGUUUACUGUUCUAAACUUCUCAAGGCGAUGUUGGAAUUACAUACUAUGUCAAGGUGCUGUUGUCAAAGCUUUGCUGUUUAUUUUUUUAUCCCCACCAGAGGACAAAAUAUAAGAAUAUAUAUAUAUAUAUAUAUAAAAUUUAUUCAUUGACAUAUGUUUCUGGAUUAAUAUAAUUCAUUUUGUAUGUUGUGAAGUUGUUUGCAAUAUUAAAUUGAAAUAUUUAAAGAAAUAAAAAUGACUAUAGGCAACUGAAAAA